CACUCGUUAGCCUAACCGUCUUACUCAGAAACAUGUCCAAUUGCGGAACACAUAGCAUGUUGGUUCGAGCAAUCUGUUUACAGGGCCUUGGUAAAAAAAAAAAACACUAGUCGUGUGUACUACAGUCCUGGGGCUUGAACAUAAUUAAAUUUGAAGCAUAUGUAUUAUCACAUAUGCCGGGCUGGUCUAGACCAUGCUACUUCCAAGAGCUUUUCUUAUGUCCCCUGAUUUCCCCUGUUAAAGUUAACUUUUUUCACAACACUCCAUACCCAGCUAAACAUACAACACAUACAACAUGGGCGACGCAGGACUUCCCGAUUACGUUCUCGAUCCUAAUGCGGUCUUGAAGGACACCGACGCCGCAUGGCGACUUGGCAGUCCUCCGGAUUACUCUAACACGAGAUCGUUUUAUGAGAAGACCAAGACCAUGAGCCACGAAGCUGGCAGCCUACCCAACCUCGUUGAAAAUCUUGUGAAAAACUGGGAGAUCGAGGCGUCGUUCAAGACCUCUCUCUCCGACUGGCGAACCAUUGACCACUCCAAAUACACCUUCUCGCUCAACGGUGGCCCUCCGCAGACGGGCGAGCAUAUGCUCCAGGUUGGCACGUACAAUGCGCUUCUGACGGCAAACGAGUUUUAUGACCCCGAAAAAAAUGACUUUGAGCAGAGUCACAAAUCGUUUAAGCGCAUGAUGCCCACGUUUGCAUGGGAGGUGACCGAGGUGUACAGUGGGCCGCCCGUGGUGGUCUUCAAGUGGAGACACUGGGGGGAGAUGAAACGUGAUUAUGUAGGGUAUAACAAUGCUGGGGAAAAAGUCACGAUCAAAGCCCAUGGAGGCCCUAUCGAUAUCCAAGGCAUUGUUGUCGCCAAGGUGAACGAUGCGCUCAAGCUUGAGAAGAUUGACGUCUGGUUUGAUCCGAUUGAUAUGUUCCGCCAGAUUGCGCGUGAGGACAAGAACGAGCAGAAGGCAGAGACCAGUGGCUUGUCCGGUAGCUGUCCUUUCAUUCCGGGCGAGAAAGCAUGAUGAAUCAAAUCAUAUACUGAGGAUAUUUCAAUUUUGAUACAAUAGAUUGAUUCUUCUCAAAAUGUACAGCUUCGAGGUAUAAAUAAAUAUAUCAGUGUCCACAGCCAACCUACCGGAUUAAGAACCAAUUAAAUAUAGAAAAUUAAGGAAAUUGCAUGUGAUUCUGCCGUGCUAUUGCGCAUUAUUAAGAUCGAAUAUCUCGUUCUGCGAAAGGAGGUGUUCUUAAAGAGAGUACUGAAUCAAACAUGGAUUUCUUUUGAGCAG